CUGCCCCCCCGUCCUUACACAGAUUUAGGUCUGAAAGCGAAGCGAAGAGAAGAGAAGGGGAAGCGAGCGAGAGAGAGAGAGAGAGAGGGAGGGAAUGGAGUUUUGAGGGUGAGGCAACAGAAGGAAAGUCGAGGGGUCGUCGGGGGCGGAGGAGUUGUGUGUGACAGACAGGGAAGGCAACGGGGAAUUCAUGACGAGAAUGGCUUUAGCUCGGAAUGCAAAUCGUGGUCAGCGACGGACGCCACGACUGUACACGACCGCGGGCGGCACCGGGGAUUCGUUGCUCUCGCUGCCGUGUGUGCUGUGAGGAGGCGAAGAACGAAGCUUUCAUCUUGCUCCAUGGAGGAGUGAGUGUCUGGCAGAUUUGCGCGGGCAAACGAGAAUAGGACAGGAUAGGACAUGGUAGCACAGCACAGGGCAGGCACGGUCGAGAAAGGAAGGGAAGGCGGGGUGCUCUCAUGAGGACAGGGCAUUGAUUCGUGCUGAUGAGAUAUAAUCGUUCGGAUGCACGCUGUUCGGUUCAGGUUUUAGGAUGAAGGAACAGCGGCGGAUUUGUAUACAGGUUGGCUCGUCGAUUAGGCGGCAUUGAGCACUGUUGGUGGUGGACCUUGUAGUUCGAGUCGAGGAGGCGUUUUUUUUCUUUUCUGGGAGGAGAGUUUUUACUCUUCCGAUUGCGCACCAGCUCGGGGUAUGGGUGAUUUGCUCAGAAACAAAUCGGCGUAUGAAUCUGACGAUGAGAAAGCGGAGGAGGAAAAUGAGGAAGAGGACGAGGAGAAUGGGGAGAGGGGGCGGGGACGCAUGCUGGGGUUUAUGUUCGGCAAUGUCGAUGAUGCCGGGGAUCUUGACGAGGAGUAUCUUGAUCAGGAUGCGAAGGAGCAUUUGUCUGCUUUGGCUGACCAACUGGGUCCAUCUUUGGUGGAUAUGGAACUUUCCGCAAAAUGGAAGAGGUCUGCAGCUGGCAAAAAUGCAGAGGAGGAGCAAGAAGAUUACGCGAAGAAGGCGGAGGAUGCUGUUGACUACGAAGACAUUCAAGAAGAGUAUGACGGUCCAGAGGUGCAGCUCCUUCCUCAGGAGGAGCAAUUUUAUGCACAAGCAGCCAUAGCAGGACCUUCACGUAAAUUGGCCGACGAGGACAAUUACGAUGAGGAAGAGGAAGAAGAACCUGCAGAAGGAAAUGAACUUGUAACUGACGCGGAGUUAGUAGAUGUGUCGUUGGCUGAACCUGAACCUGAAGAAGAACCAGUGAUUUUGCCUGUGGCAAAGGAGGGUGACUUAGCGGAGGCAGCCAAACUUGCUGAAGUUAGCGAAGUAAGAGAGGAAGCCAAGGAAGAAGACCUACAAACUAAGACUCCUCUCGUUGAGGAGGAACAAACCGGAACUAAGCCACAAGAUGAGGACUCUCCCAAGAUUGAGCUUCCUGUUUUAUGUGAAGAGGACGGGAAAGAGGUCUUGUGGUUUUCCGAAAUUUUUGGAGACAACCGACCUUACUAUUGGUUGCAACUAGGAAUAGGGGCUGGUCGACAAAAGCGACAUACUCCCAGAGAAAAAGUUGAAUGGGCUGAAGAAGAGGAUGAGGCUCUGGAAGAAGAUGAAGAAGAGGUCUUUAAAUCUUGUCCUUACAGGCACCCCACAGGAGAUGAUCUGUCAAGUAUCGAAAUUGACAAGGAUGAGGAUGAUGGGGUAGAGGAAGAAGAGCAGGAAAGCAGCGCAGCUGAAGAAGAUACUUCCGAACCGUCCCCUGAAACCGAGGGAGAGCUGAAGGGUGGUGCAAAGGGAAGAAGGUUCGAGUUUUACUCGUCUCAAGCAAUGAAGGGUGGGACAAAUGACUGGGAGGAGUUAAGUCAAUGGAGGGAUAGUAUACCGUCUGCCAAUUUCGUUGCAAUACAUCAGCAAGACUGGGAAGCCAACAUUUUAUGGGACAAGGUGGAGAAUCGGGGAGUUAAGCUUAGAGAAUUACGGAGUGAGGAAGAAUUUUCGGAAGGAUCUAUAGAGGUGGAAUCGGAGAGUGACGAGGAUAUGAUCUACAGUAGGAUUGGACAGAAGACAUCCCGGCAGAGUCAAAGAAAUCCUUUAGGGAUGUCGAACGAGCCAGAGAGAUCUGUUCUUCAAGAGUGGAAUAGGCCUGUAACAGUUGAACCGCUUAGUCGUCCCCAUUUAAAAUCUAGUGAGGAUGCCGAAACUGCUCUGGAACACCGACAUCCGCAAAUGUUAAGGUUGGAGUCACUUUCAAUUGACACCACACUACCCGACAUCGAAGGGAAAGGAGAAGGUGACACAAGUGAUUUAGGGAGUCGUCUGAACAAGUUGAGCAUGACUUGUAGUCAGAAGAAUAGGGAGCUGGCAUCGGGAUCGUGGUUAGAUAAUGUUUUGUGGGAUCACGAUAGUCCAUCUGGGGAUCUCAAUUGCGAGAGACCGAAAUUUAUAUACGACCUCCAGGACGGCGAGAUGGUCUUUGAGAUUCCAAACAAUAAGUGGGGACAGACGCUGCGAGUUCAUGCAGCAGCUGUGGUACUUUCUCCUACCGGUGGUAAAGAUGGUGGAGUUGAAGGCGGGGAAGUUGUCAUGCAUGCUGCAUCAUCCAUAGCUCGCUUCAAUAUUUCUAAUGAUAAAUAUUACACCAAUAAGAAGACUCAUCAACAGCAGAAGUCUCAUGCGAAGAAGCGAGCCGUUCAUGGAGUGAAAGUGAUGCAUUCACUUCCUGCAAUCAAGCUGCAAACGAUGAAGCCGAAGCUUACAAACAAGGAUCUGGCGAACUUUCAUCGCCCAAAAGCUGUCUGGUAUCCUCAUCACAACGAGGUGGCUGCGAAAGAACAAGGGAAACUUGCUGUCAAAGGCUCCAUGAAGGUCAUUUUGAAGACUUUGGGUGGAAAGGGUAGCAAGUUGUAUGUUGACGCAUCAGAGACUGUGGAAGUCCUCAAGGCUAAGGCUGCCAAGAAGUUGGGAGAUUUGAAAGCCUCAGAGAAAACCAAGUUAUUAUAUUCGGGGAAGGAGCUGGAGGAAGGGCGGACUUUUGCAGAGCAGGAAGUGCCGCCUAAUUCGGUGUUGCACCUUGUGCGCACAAGGAUUUGUCCGUGGCCUAAGGCUCAGAGGUUACCGGGUGAAAAUAAGCCUAUACGGCCACCAGGGGCUUUUAAGAAGAAGUCUGAGCUCUCUGUCAAAGAUGGGCAUGUUGCGCUGAUGGAAUACUGUGAAGAACGACCUCUUUUGCUCAGCAACGUAGGCAUGGGGGCACGUCUUUCGACCUAUUACCGGAAGAGUACUCCUACUGAUACGACUGCUGCGACUCUGCGCAACGAGAGAGGCCCGUGGGUCGGGGUGCCCUUACCCUUAGAGCCAACGGAAGACUCUCCGUUUCUCGGUGACAUCCGACAAGGGGAUACGGUGUCCAGCCUUGAGACCAACAUGUAUAGAUCUCCCGCUUUUUCGCAUAAAGUUCCACAUACAGAUUUUCUCCUGGUCCGUUCUGCAAAAGGCAAACUGUCAUUGCGGCGCAUUGACAGUCUGCACGUUGUUGGGCAGCAGGAACCUCAUAUGGAAGUGUUGACACCUACUUCUAAAACCGUGCAAUAUUACAUUGGCAUGAGAUUGUUGGUCUACGUUUAUCGGGAAUUUCGAGCCAAUGAAAAACCUUCGUCCGUUCCACGUGUACGAGCUGAUGAAUUGAUUUCCCAGUUUCCUGCACUAACCGAGGGUUUUAUACGAAAACGCUUGAAGCAUUGCGCCGAUCUUCAGAAAGGACCUGGAGGGGAGAUGUGGUGGGUUAUGCGACGUAAUUUUCGAAUUCCAUCCGAAGAAGAGUUGCGACGGAUGGUGACUCCAGAAAUGGUCUGCACGUACGAGAGCAUGCAAGCAGGUCUACAUCACUUAAAGCGCAUGGGAGUUCAAAAGCUUACUCAACCAUCCGGUUUGAGUGCCGCAAUGAAUAUGCUUCCAGAUGAGGCGAUCACACUUGCUGCUGCUUCCCAUAUCGAGCGUGAAUUGCAGAUUACACCUUGGAAUCUAAGUUCAAAUUUCGUUUCUGCAACUCUUCAGGGUCGUGGAAGCUUGGAGCGCUUGGAGAUAACUGGAGCAGGGGAUCCGUCAGGACGAGGCUUAGGAUUCAGCUACUUGAGAGUUGCCACUAAGCCGCCCAAUGUCGGUGCCAUAGUGGAGAAGAAAGCAGCUGUAGCACGAGGUGGAGGAGCUGUCACGGGAACUGACGCUGACCUCCGUCGUCUCAGUAUGGAUGCUGCUCGCGAGGUAUUACUGAAAUUCAAAGUUUCUGAAGCCCAAAUAGAUAAACUUACUCGGUGGCAUCGAAUAGCUUUAGUAAGGAAGCUUUCAAGUGAACAAGCAGCGUCAGGAGUGAAAGUCGGUGUUGCUGCCCUGAAUAAGUUUGCCCGAGGACAACGGAUGUCAUUCAUGCAGCUCCAACAACAAACUAGGGAAAAAUGUCAGGAGAUAUGGGAUCGUCAAGCGCAAAGUCUUGCAGCUGCUGAGGGAGAAGACUCUGAGUCUGACGGUGAGGCAAAUGGUGAUUUAGACUCAUUUGCGGGAGACCUUGAGAAUCUUCUGGAAGCUGAGGAAGGCGAGGAUGGAGAAGAGAGAAAAGGCAGGAAAGAUGGUAUGAGAGGUCUAGGGGCUCGACGACGGGCUUUGCAAGCUCAGAAAGAGGAAGAAAUGGAAGACGAAGAAGCCGAAGCAGCCGAGCUUCGCCGCAUGCUUCUGGAAGAUGACGAGGCCGAAGAGGAGCAGAAGAAGAAGAAAAGUGGGACUGUGAGCAAGGAGAAGAAGGUUGCUCAGCCCAAAGAGGCAAACGGUGCUGAAGCAGAAGCAUCAGCCUCAGCCGCUAAGAAGAAACGAAGGAUUUUGAAACGAAUCAUUCGCACGAAGAAGCCAGAUGGCACCUACACUUCUAGGGAGAUUAUUAUCGAUGAUCCGAAGGAGGUUGCUCUCUAUUUAGCCAAGAAGAAUUCGUUGAAAACGGCUGGUCAGAAGACAACAGGGGACAAAGUAAAUGUACCCAAGAAAGGUGCCGCAAAACCAAAGAAGGAAAAGAAGCCCCCUGUAAUUAAAGAUGCGGCUAAACCGAAGGCACCGGCGAAGAAGGUGACUAGCAAAGAAGGAGGAAAAGAAAAGCCUGGCAGAGAUGGGUUGCGAGUUGUUUGUGGUGCUUGUGGCCAGCUUGGGCACAUGCGAACGAACAAGAAAUGCCCACUGUACAUGGAAGAUUCUGAAGGGAAUCUACAGCGACAUGACAGCGCUGCCGCAGAAGGUUUACUUGAGCGUCAAGGCACGAAGAUCACUAUCAAGAAGAAGAAGAUUGAUGAACUACAGCUCAAUAAGCCUACCCAACCGAUGAAGGUUACGCCUAAGAAACCUGUGAAGGCCCCUACCCCAACAGUCAAGUUCCCUGCUUUGAAGAUUAAGAUACAGAGUGCUGCCAAAGAAAAUCACUCUGAAAGUAGUUUAGGAAAUAACGGUAGCAAAUUAGAGACUAAUAGUAUAACGAAGGAGAGGCCACAGGUGGCCGAGCAAGAGAAGCCUAUUGUGAAGAGCCCUCUUGUAGGAGAUGACCUGAAAUUUUCACAGGGUUUUCCUCCGGAGAAAAUCCAAGGAAAUAAGUUGAAGAUCAUGAAGAAAAACAAGAAGAAGAAGGUGAAGGAGAAGGCACCUGUGAAACAGGUCAAGAAGCCGGAUGAGUACUAUGAUCAGCCAGGUGUAGGACAUAGCGAUAGCGAGUUUGAGAAAGAACGGGAGUUGGAAGCCGAGAGGCAGAGAUUAGAAAUGGAGAGAGAGCAGGAGGAAAGGGAAAAGGAGAUGGAAAGAGAGCGGGAAAGGGAGAGGGAAGAACGUGAGAGGGACAGGCAAAGGGACCAGAUGAGGCUUCAAAAGAGGAAAGAAAAGAUGCUCGAAAAACAACGGAAGGAGAAAGAGUUAGAAAGAGAAGAGAAAGAGAGGGAAGAGAGAGAAAGGCUAGCACAAGAACAGAUGGAGAAGGAUAGACUAAGAGAACUGAAGGAGAAGAAGAGACAAAGAAUAAGGGAGGAGAAAGAGAGGGAAAGGUUAAGGGAGGAGAAAGAGAAGGAGAGAGAAUUACAGAAGGAGUUGGCGAGGGAAGAGAAGGAGAGGGCAAGGGCGAGGGAGGAAAUGGAACGCGAGAAAGAAAGGGAGAGGCUGAUGCGAGAAGAAAAGGAGAGGCAAGACAGGAUUGAGAGGGAAAGGGCCGAGAAGGAAAGAGAGAGGCAAGAGAAGCUAAGACUACAAAGACUCAAACAGGAGAAAAUCAGGGAGGAGGAACUUCAAAAGGAAAGGAUGCAAAAGGCCAGGCUGGAGAAGGAGAAGAAGUUGAAGGAGAAACAGAAGGAGGAAAAACUGAAGGAACAGAAGCUAUUGAUGGAGAAACCGAAGAUCCGCGAGAAACAGAUUCAUGCCCCUGCUGAGAAAGAGCUUAGGGUCCGUGAGCCACCAAGAGAGACUACUGGCAAGAAAGAGAAAGGGCGAGUUCUCAAGAAAAGGGCUCAUACGGAGUUGGGAGCUGGAGGAGGUCAACGAGUGGAUGCAGUCAAAAGGCGCAAAAGGGGAGGGGAGGAGGUGGAACUAUCAAACCAUUUUGAGUCAAUUGUUGAACAUCUCAAGAACUCAGACGUGGCCUACUUGUUUCUCAAACCGGUAUCAAAGAAAGAGGCUCCUGAUUAUCUGGAUUACGUAAAGAAGCCGAUGGAUUUGGGCUUGAUCAGAGACAAGGUGCGUAAGAUGGUGUACAGAUGUCGGGAUGACUUCCGCGCAGAUGUGGAGCAAAUUGCCGAAAACGCCCAUAUCUACAACGAUGGUAGAAACCCUGGUAUACCACCUCUCGCAGAUAAGCUUCUUGACCUUUGUGAUAGUCAAUUGCGUUUAAAAAAGCAAGAGUUUGAAGAGUUGGAAGAUGCAUUGGAAGGAUACGAAGGGGAUGGACUAUAUGCUGCCCCCAAUGGAAGAGUCUCCCCUCCUUUGGAUCGCCGGCGCAAACGGCUGUAUUGAUCGACAGUUUUGCGUGUUUUUAAUUUGGGUAGUCUGUAGCAUAUUAGAUUUUGGCGCCACUCAGAGAUGAGGAAUAGGAGAGAUUAGGAGAGGAGAGAAAUUUGUACAGAAUCAAGGACUAGUUCAGGAAAUUCGAAUGCCUUCACCCAUUCAUUCUUUUGUUCAUACUGUGACAUUAAUUACACACUGAACUCAGGCCCUAGAGUAGUUACCCACAACAGGGUAAUGCCUUCACAGCCGUCGUCCAGCCCCGGCCUAUACCUUGGAACAUAAGUGUAUCACAUAUCAUGAGACUUUAGAGCAGAGCAGGUAGCAAGCCCCCAAUUUUUUCAGUCAUCUAUGUGACAAGGCCGUUGUUCAAUAUAUUCAAAAUAAAAGUCAAAACAGGGCAGCUAAUAAAGCUGCGGUGGUUUUUACUCCGGGCAUGUUGCCAGAACCCGUAGAUGGUUGCUGUGCUGCGGUUUGCGAAAUCUGUGCUGGUCAUUGAGCGAUGCAAUAUAUGACAAGAUUUAAUAGCAAUGAGUACUGCUUUUCUGGGUAUCCGUUUAUUUUAUUUCGUUGGUUGGAUGAUGUGGAUGAGGUUCUCAAUCAUUUUCGGAGGAGUUUGAAUUUCAUUCAACUUGUAACUUUAUCUCCAAACACGUGCAGACGUCCUAACCC